AUGAAUUGGUGCCGUUUUCCAGAUGAUAGUCGACUCGAUAAGCUCAUCGACGGCCUCGACGUCUUCACCGUCGCCGCCGAGGAAAUCGCCGCUUCAGUGCGCCGUGUGUGGAGAUUUGAACAACGAAACGCUUGUCGCUCGUGUCGUCUCGCCAGAUGUCUGUUCGUCGGUAUGAAUCCACGGGCGGUGCAAGGGGAAACAGUAGAAGACACGUUGGAAUGGGAUGAAGUUAGUAUUCCGGAGACGAUAUCGUUUGGCAUACAGACAGAAGUGGAAAAAACGAAGAGUGAAAUGUUAAAAGAGGAAAUAAUCGAUAGGCUACGAGGGAUAUACACGAGAACUGACCCCGAGGAGCUGUGGAAAGUCAGUUAUCCAGGACAAUAUGAUUUUCAAUACGCAUUUUAUAAUACUAAAGUGGUCUCGCCACGAACACCGUUAACGCCGACAGCUGAGCGAAUCGCCACGUUGACUGAUGUGGUGAAUGACUUCCGAAGGGCUUUCGUGCUAUUUGUAGAUAUUUUGAAAUCGAUUGAUCAACUAGAAAAUGUGAUAGAAGAGGAUAAGAUGAGAAUCGCCAAAUCUCGAUUCGCCGCGUUCUACUGGUGGUUGUGCUCCACGUGGAGUGCCGAAGCUGGUUGCAACGGUGUCUGUUAUGCCAAUGGAUCGUAUCACCCGGCCGCCGUCAAUGAUAUGCCGAAAACAGAAGGCAAACAUGGAGUUCGAAUUGACUACAACGGCGUGUCGCAGAAGAGUUUGGAGAAUUUGGUGGAGCCAUUGAAGAGAAUGAAAUUGUCGGAUGAGGAGAGAAUGGUGGGAGCGGUUAUGGUGAUUUUGGCGGAUCCUGUGCCUAAUGUGUCGCCCAAAACUGAAAAAGUGCUAGCAGAAGCUAGAGAUUUUUACCUGGAACUUCUCACGCAUUGUAUAGAUCUCCCGGAGCAAGAAAAAGGUGUCCGCCUAUCAAAAAUGGUUCUAUUUGUUGCAUCUAUUAUGGAGCUGGUACACUUGUCAACUGAUAAUAUUCAACUUUCCGACGUCUUACACGUUAUUGAUCUUGGCAACUGGUCUACGGAACUUAGGGAUCACCGGUAUAGAAGACAAUUUUGA